UUCCUGGGUUGGGAUUAGCGUUUUACUAGCGUCAAUGAUUGCUAUCAGUCAUACAUUGAUCCGGCAAUCUGUCUCGACUGCCUUCAGCAAACCUAGUAUGUCUUUGGAUCAAACCGUAGAGUCGUUGAAACGGCAGAUAGCAAGCCACGAAAGUCUACUCGAGGACUUACGCCGGCAGCUCGCAGAAGCUCAGUUUAAUCAACCGCCACCCGGCGCACAAGAGUCUCAAGAACAAACUUUCCAGGCUUCUGACGACCCACUUGCUCAUGAUCUGUCUCACGGGAUCGCGGAAGAUUACAUGAAUGAGGUGUUUGCUGCACUCUCGCGUCCUCAAGGAGAUCACUCGCCACCUAAUCGAUGGCCGCUCAGUCAAGACGAAUACAAACGAUAUGGUCGCCAAUUAAUCAUGCCCGAGAUUGGACUGCAAGGUCAGCUUCGUCUCAAAAACGCUUCGGUGUUAAUCAUAGGAGCGGGCGGGUUGGGUUGUCCCGCCGCAGCAUAUCUAGUAGGUGCAGGCGUGGGAACUUUAGGGUUGGUGGAUGAAGACGUUGUGGAACACUCAAAUCUACAUCGUCAAAUCCUACACUCGACAGCAAGAGUUGGCAUGUCAAAAGUCGAUAGUGCAUUGGUAUCAUUGCAGUCACUCAACCCUAACGUCAAUCUGGUACCACACCAUGGCCGGUUAACCCCGGAGACAGCCAUCUCAACAGUUCAGCCAUACGAUAUCGUACUCGACUGUACUGAUACGCCCGCAUCUCGGUACUUGAUAUCUGAUACUUGCGUUCUCCUUGGGAAACCGCUUGUUUCAGCAUCAGCCUUGCGAAUCGAUGGGCAGCUUAUGGUGCUGAAUAACCCUCCACGAUCCGCCGGGGACCCCACUGGAGGUCCUUGUUAUCGCUGCAUCUUCCCAAAACCUCCUCCUCCGGAAUCGGUCGUCACGUGCGGAGAUGGCGGGAUUCUGGGGCCUGUAGUUGGUACCAUGGGCGUUUUGCAGGCUUUGGAAGCUAUCAAGGUUUUGACACGCGCAUCUACUUCUGAGAACGAACAGCCGGUGACGGAACCGCCAACAUUGCUUAUAUUUUCCGCGUAUGCCAACCCAAUGUUUCGGUCCAUCCGGCUUCGAGCGCGCAAACCGAAGUGCGCAGCAUGCUCUGCGCAUGCAACCGUCACCCCAGAAGCCCUUAACAGUGGCAGUCUGGAUUAUGUCCAGUUCUGCGGCAUGAUUGAUCCCGUGAAUCUUCUCAGCCCAGAUGAACGCAUAUCGGCGGAAAAUUAUGCGAAACUGAGGUCCGAGGUGAACCCUUACACGGGUAUGGAGCCAGCAAAGGACAGCCAUGUUCUCGUCGAUGUACGAGAGAAAGUUCAAUUCGAGCUCUGCAGUAUCGAUGGAAGUGUGAAUAUCCCUUUCGCUGAUGUAUCCGGAUUUCCGAUCCCUCAACCCACUGCAAGUGCUGCCAUUCCCGAUGAUUCGCAUUGGGUGCACGAGCUAAAGAACAUACCUGACAAACCUAUCUUCGUGGUAUGUCGCCGGGGUAAUGAUUCACAGGUGGUCGUUCGGAAACUGAAACAGCUUGGGCUUGACAACGACGGUCAAAGGUGGAUUGGAGAUAUCAAAGGCGGUCUAAUUGCGUGGAGAGAAAAGAUUGAUAGCGACUUUCCCGAGUAUUACUGA